AUUUUGUAAUCAUCCGCACUAAUGUUAAAGUAGUUCCUUAAGUGUCAUGGAAGUACUUUCUUUUUUAAUUGAGAAUUAAAUUAUCUCAAACAUAUUUAUUUCGCCUGAUGAUUCUAGUUAAACUAUUUCUUUUUCUGCAAUAAUAUUCCGGUUGGAGCAAAUUGUUCGGUUUGAUUUUGAUCGGUGGGCCAUGAUUGAUUUUAAGCGUCUUUCUGGGCUGGAUAAUUUGUUGGUAUUUUCAUAUAUUUCGACUUUUCUCUCGUUUCGUCGCUCUAUUUAUGGAACAUAGAAUCAUUUUAAGCGUUCCAGAUACUCUGUUUUUGUGUAAGGAUGGUAGUGGCUUCAGGACAAUUAAAGAUACACACAACGGCUGGUAUGAGUCCGCGAGAGUUAUCUGAGAAUGAUGACAUCGCUACAUCGAUUGUUCUGGAUCCAUACUUGGGAUUUGUCACCCAUAAGAUGAAUGUUAGGUAUAGACCAAUAAGGCCCAUUAAAGCAAAUAAAGAUGAGUUGAAGCAGAUCAUAGAGGAGUUCAAACGGGAACAAAAUUAUGAAGUGACUUAUAAAAAGUUGUUAAAUGGAGAUUGGCUUCCUCGUUCUUGUCAUGUUAGAAGCAAACUCCAACAACAACGACUUGAGCAACAUAUUUAUCGCUAUUUAAGAGUUUUUGAUAAAGAUUCUGGUUUUAUAAUUGAGCCAUGUUAUCGUUAUUCUCUUGAAGGACAGAAAGGAGCAAAGAUAUCUGCAACUAAAAAAUGGUUAAAAAAUGAGAAGAUCUCUUGCCUGGUUGGAUGUAUCGCUGAGCUGACUGAAGAAGAAGAAAAUCAGCUACUGAGGCCGGGUAAAAAUGACUUUAGUGUCAUGUUCUCUUGCAGAAAGAACUGUGCCCAGCUGUGGCUGGGUCCAGCUGCUUUUAUAAACCAUGACUGCCGGGCUAAUUGCAAAUUUGUUGCUACGGGUAGGGAUACAGCUUGCGUUAAGGUAUUGCGAGAUAUAGAAGUUGGUGAAGAAAUAACUUGUUUUUAUGGCGAGGAUUUCUUCGGAGAUGGAAACAUGUACUGUGAAUGUGAAACAUGUGAAAGGCGAGGGACUGGAGCAUUUGCAAAGGACCGAUCUGGUAGUAAUGAAGAGCUUACAAAUUCAGGAUACCGCCUAAGAGAAACAGACAACAGAAUCAAUAGAACCAAAACCCAUAGACAAAACAAUCAUGUUUCGCCCACUCCUCCUAAACCAGAACCUCCUCCUCCUCCAGAAAAUAAAUCUAAUGGGGUUGUAGUGACUCCAUUAAGCAUUCGGGAGCUUCGUCAAAAAGGUAUGACUAAAUAUGAUGCAGAAAUGUUGAUUGCUCAAGGGUGUCAAUUUUCUGAUAUUGGAGAAGCUGCAAGAAAAACUCCUGAUGGGAAAGGAAAUCUAACUGCAUCACGGGGAGAAGAAAGCAGUAGUAGAAGAAAUUUAAGGAAUAAACCCAGGCCUUCUGUGGAGGAGAAAAAGAAUGAAGAAGAGGAGAGAAAGACUGAAUCCGCUACAACUCAACCAAAUCCAACAUUAGAAGUUAUUCCUGAAGAUACUGCUCCGAGUUCUGGUUAUGAUAGUCAAUCGGACAAGCCUGAUGAUGAUUCUGUUAAAAAUGAAGAAAGUGAAAAGCAGUUCUGUGUAAAUAGGUGUAAACGUAAUUUAAGUGACAGAUUUGAUGAAGAUAAGGACGAAUCUAAAAAUAAAGUUUUACGAACUCCUAGUAUAAAGCAUGUCACUAGACGCAAAAGCAGUGAUAAAAAUUGUGAUUCAGUUAAAGACAUUUAUGAAUUUAGUGAUGAAAGUGAGGGUGGGCCACCUGCAUUGAGGGGGGCAAAACCCCCUCAGCCUGAGAAACGGAGCCUUAAGCUGACUUUGAGGAUGAAACGCAGUCCUAUGUUGGAUGAAGUGAUCGAAUCUGGUAACUGGAGUGAGGAUUCUUUUGAGCCGCAAUAUGAAGUAUUGAGAGUAGAAGGCGUUGAUAUUGACACACACCGUAAAAAGAAGCACAAGACAAAAGAUAGAGAACAUAGGAAAAAGAAGACUAAGAUAGAUAAAUAUCCACCUCUUCUACAUACACCUUUGAAAAGAUUACGUCUAAUAUUGGGCAAUGAAACUAGGACUAUCAACUUCCCUGUAACUGCUCAACAAGAGUUAGUACACGAUCAAGCAGCUCUUUUUAAAAAUGCUAGAAACCUACGGAAGAUGAGAAUAUUUCGGUAACGUUUUCCUUAUCAAUAUAUAUUUUAAUAACGUUACCUCAUUAAAAAGAUCACUUUUGGGUAGUUUAUUAUCAUUAAGUCCAUACAACAGUGGUCGAAUUCUAACAACUGAUGAACAAUGUGAACUUUGCUAAGUACUUAAUACUAUAAUUAGUUCUUAACAAUUACUCGUUAUUAUUAAAUUGUAACAUUACAAAUCAACAAAAAUGAUAUAAAACUCAUAUCCUGGCGAAAUAGCUACAUGCCCCCAAAAAAUUGUAUA